AGCUAGAAAUUUCCCCACCUAGGUUCAUUUCCCCAAAAAUUAUCUACAACUACGACCUGUGCAUCGUUUCCCUUUUAUUGUUCAUCCCAACGAGAAAAGAAAAACGAAUUCCCCCCUGCUGCAUAACGUUUUUACUGGCACGCCGCCCUAGUCAAAAAGCCACUCCAUGACCAUGAUCCUCUGACCCUAACAUGAGCUCGAGCGGUUUAACUUUACGAUAGUUUUCUGUUGAUGUUCGAGGUCGUACACAGAACCACAACAUAUACCUAGCAACAUACCCCAAGUCCUCGAGCCCGACCAAAAGGUCAUCACGGUGGGUCGUGAGGACGGCGCUCCUCUUGCUGCACCAAGUUUCUUUGAAAGCAAGAAGGAGCCUGCGUAGUUUCUGAAGCAAAGCCGCUUGAUCAAGAUCCAGAGCGUCACGAGCGUCGACGCAGGAAAGGAUGCGAAUGGUUUUCAGGAACAACUACGGCGAAGAAAAGCCGAGGCCACUACAUGUUGCGGUCGAAACCGCAAUGGCCGGUGGAAAAUUCAGAACAAGAAAUAGAGGCCAACAUGCGCCACCCCCACCGGCGAGAAACAAGGCGCCAUGGCUUAUAGGAAGUCGUAAUAGGUUGUCGUCCUGCAGCAAGUGGAAUACGAAUAAGAUACGUGGUCUCAUCGCAGGGGCAGGAGUACUACUGUUUGACAGCCUGUUAGUACCUCCGGAAGGUGUCGGCGGCGUCCGUGGCUACACCAUCUCCACCGCUUCCAGGUCGAGAAGAACGACAACCACAUCAAAGGAAAUCAGGAGAAAGAAGAGGAGAAUAAUCGCUACUAACCUCGUUACCGAAGGAGCCGAAGAGCGAAGAUCUGACGCAGAAGAGGUGGAGGUGCAUACUCAACAGUCAGCACUCGACGACCAGACGACAAGUUCCUCUAGAAGAAGUACUGAAAGAACAGAGCCUGUAGCGUUCGAUGAUUCAUCAUCCGUAGCUCUUGAUCCCGCCUUAGGCGGCGAUGAUAAAGCGAGAAGUAGCAAGCAGAAGGAACAAUUGUUACAGAUUUUAUCGAAGCGUAGGACCGCGUCCUCCUCGCGGAGCACAAAAAGCAGAGGGGACAAGGCACGUGAUGAAGCAGGUAGAAAAAUAUCCCUAACAGGUAGUAGAAGUAGUAGACGUGUAGCAGGUCCUCGUCCUCCUGCUCGAAGAAUACUAUCAACAGAAGAACACGACGUCGAUGCAGAUGGUGAAGAGACAAACGAACUCUUCAACACAGGAGAGGGCGACAGUACUUCUCCGUCUAGCGACGUAGAUCAUCCUGGAAGAAGGAGCAGUAGUACAACUUCCAAGUCUUCUUCUACUUCGUCAAAAGAAACAGCUUCUGCCUUCAAUGAUGUUGAAACUUCUAUGGCAGGUGGAGCAGCCGCAGGAACCCCCCCAACAUUAACCGGGUCAGCAGGAGCCGCGGUAUCCUUCUUCGAGAAAAUCUCCGAAAAGAUAGAUUCCGCGAGUAGAACGUUUCUGACACGCAAAAAAGACCCGGACGAGCGCAUGGUCCGGAUUCGUUCGGAGAAAACGAAAUUGAAAAAAGGCUCCUCUAUGCCCAGCCUGUUUUACGACGAGGUUAAAUACGUUUCCGCAGAAAGAUUUCAGUCCCUGAUUGACCUGCGGAGAGAAGAACAGAAAAAGCAAGCUUUGCAGCUCCAACAGGAGGACAAGAUGGCUACUACUUCUACGGGAAAAAAUAAAGCAGCUGCUACAAGAAUUAUAUCAAAAGGAGACGACAAGAAACCGCGCACCAUCGUCUUCAAUGCCCCGACUACACAGCCGGCCGCGUCUACUUCAGAGGAAGAACAUCAAGCUCCUGCAACUUGGACGGCGGCCAGCACGACGAGUAUAAUUCAGACAAGUGGGAAUGAACAAGAAAGCCUUGGUCAGCCUCAGCACGAAGAACUACAGGAUCAAAAAGCACCGUCUGCGGAGGCAAGUGCCGUGCCGAAGCCUUUUGAGAUGGCAGAGAUCACGCAUGAUAUUCUGCAAGCACCACCUCCAAUGAUGAACAGCAUGAUCAUGUUGUCCUCAAAUCCUACCGAUGCGGGCGCCCACGGAGCCGAUGGCGCCGACGGCACACAAGGACAUGGAGAGGAGCACGCAGACGGUGAUGCGCAACAUGGCGAAGAGGACGACCACGAUAGCCACCAUGUUGCGUAUUUCGCCACCUACAAGGAGUGCACGCAGUAUCAAAAGGAAAAAUCCCCCCUCCCCACAUCAAAACGAAAUUUCUGAUGCUGGAUUUGAGUACACAAAUCAGGUUUGUAUUGCAGGAAAGCAUUACGGUCAGAUCCCCAGGCUAGGUAGGGGCGUAUGCGUCUAGUUGUUCAGCAUGGCAAGCAGCUCCCCUUUAGGCCCAAGAGCAUGACAAAUCGCUUCCAUAGUGGGGCGGAAGCUUCUGCCCUUGUCUUCUUGCAUAUACAAAUGUGAUUUGCGACCCCAAAUCAGCAACGCAAAUUUUUGGAAACAUACCUUUUCGAUAUGGGGAGGGGGGAUUUUUGCUUUUGAUACCCAGGACGAGGAGAUCACGAACACGCACGACUGCAAGGCGGCCGGGGAGUAUUUGUUCGGCAUUGGCGACAUGCAGACGGGAAACAUCGCCAUUCAGUCGGGCGCGUCGGCGAACUCCACCGGCACGUCCGUCGGGCCGGAUCGCGAGGGGUGCUACUACGAAAGACAGGCGACGGGCACGAAACGGCUGAUCUGGAAAACGUCCGGCGAUUCCCGGGACGAUCGAAGUAACACGGGCGUGUUUCUCUUCGUCUGCAAGGUACACCACGGGGACGAACACAUCGUCCCGAUCCGGUACCCUUUGCUGUUCCUCAUGGGCGCGUUCGUCGUCUCUAUUGGCGUGUCCUACUUGAGUCCACUCCUCCGCGACAUCCUCCCCGGGUCCUUACUCCUGGUCGCGAUGGGGUUCUUGACCAACACGCUAGCACAUCUCGCGGGCCACGACAGCUAUUUGGGCCGGCUGAUCGAGGACGUGGACCACGCGGACCCGCACUUAAUCUUUUGGGUCCUGCUCCCACCGCUGUUGUACGAAGACGGGUCCAGCGCGGACUGGCGGGUGUUGCGCCCGCUGUUCAUCAAUGCCAUUCUGCUGGCGAUUCCGGGGGUCAUGAUCUCGUUCUCGUUGAUGGGCAUUCUGAUCCGGUCGACCUUGAGGUUACCGGGGUUAGCCGAAUUCCACAUCCAGCACAUUUUGUUUUGCACCGACGAGUCCGCCGCGCAGGACGGCACCGGGUUCGUGCACCACCGCACUACUCCGGACGGCGUGCCGGAAACGAUCCAGUGUCUGGACCGGGACGGAGCUCCUGCGGAGGUGAUCGUCGACCCGGCCGUGUUUCAGGAACACAGCUGGCCGUGGUUCCACGCGUUCCUCCUCGGGGCGAUUCUGUCCGCGACGGACCCGGUGGCGGUGAUUGCGGCCUUGAAGGCGCUCGGUGCGCCCGCGCGGUUGACCCUACUCGUCGCGGGCGAGGCGUUGCUGAACGACGCGACGGGCGUGGUUUUCUUCAACGUCUUUUGGGAUUUAGCCCGCGACGACGCGUCGGACUUCAGUUUUUCCGACACCGUGGUGGACUUCGUGCGCCUCGCCGGCGGGGGGACGCUGUUUGCGGGCAUCGGGAUGCUGGUCAUGCAUCUCGGGUUGAAGUACACGCACCACAUGUCGUCGAAAAACUUUUUGUUUUUGACUUUCUUCUGCGUUUUCGGCCUGUUUCUCGUCGCGGAACAAACCUGGCUGCCGAAACCCUUCAUGCCCUGGUCGGGUGUCUUAGCGGUCGUGAUCUUCGCGUUCUACGUGUCCGCGUUCGGGCAAAACAUGAUCCUGCUGAACGGGGGAAGCCACUUAGCCCACGCGCACCACGAAGUGGUGUCCUUCGUCGCCGGCGUGGCGAACGACGUGCUGUUCUACCUCGCCGGGGUGGUGAUGUGCCGCUACUUGUUCUACAGCCUGAUGACGGGAAACGACUGGAUCAUGCUCCUCAUAUGGAUGUGUCAGGAUCGAAAUUGACAAAGUCGAAAAAUUUGUGACGCAUAAAAUGUAGGGCACUGAAGGCCUGCACUGGGGAGCAGGCAAAUAAGACCGAUUGUGCGCCUGUUUAGGGGUAUACAAUGUGCUGCCGGAGUAGCAUGACAGGAGCAGUCAUCUUUGCCCAAACAGCAUGACAGGCUAGAUUUGGGCGCUCCCGAAAUUUGUCAUGCGCCACUUCGAGACUGAGGCUCCAACUGACAUCCAUCGAUUAUCGCAUCACAAAUUUUUCGACUGUGCCAAUUUCGAUUCUGACACUUCCAUACCUCACCCUCUACGCGUAUUGUCACGUCGCCCGCGGGUCCGCAAUCUUCUCCCUGAUGCCGCUCCUCAGCUUGUUCGGGUUUGGCAUGAACUGGAAGGAGGGUCUCAUCGGCGUGAUCGGCGGGCUUCGCGGGGCGGUGGGCUUGGCGAUGGCAUUGCUCGUCGCUUUCGACCAUUCGGAGACGCCGCUGGACUUGGGGUUCCGGCUCCGGAUCGGGUUCCACACGAGCGGGGUGGCGUUGUUAACCCUGUGUAUCAACGGCGUGGCGUUUCCCUACAUUUAUAAUUUCCUGGACAUCUACCCCGCCGGGAUUCAGCCCAGUCAAACGAAAAUGCUGAAGUGCGCAACCUUAGCCGAGGGGAUUUUGUUCGAGCGGCUCGCGGAGAUGAAGGGCCACUGGCUGUUUUCGAACUUGAACCCCGAGCAUUUGCUGGCGUUGGUCCCGCGAAUCGCGGACAUGCUGGCGGAGGAGGACGAAAAGAUCGCGGACCGGAAUGCGAUGAAGAACACGGUUAAAAAGAAGAGGGGCAAGGACAGUGACAGCGAGAAGGAGACUGGUCAUGGGGACGGCCACCAGGGGGUCGAGGCAAGGCUGAAGCACCUGCACCACGAGUACCACGGGGACGGGUACUAUUUCAAGACGUUUCGCCACGUGGCGGAGCGGAAAGAGCUCAAUUUCCAGUGGGAAAAGAAAACGGGCCUGGCCAAUUUUAUCCUCCCGAGUGCGUCGGAGUCUUUCUCGCAGCGGAACGAGGACGCGGCCGCCUGGCUGCACGGGGGGUUCGGAAAGGACUACGAGAUGGUGAUCCACAUUUUCUACUACGCCAUGAUGAGCGCGCUGGAGCGCGCGAAGCUCGAGCGGGGCAGCAUGGCCAUCUGGCCGGCGGCCGAGAUCGGGGAGGCGCUGGAGUUUACGCACGAAGCGAUGCAAGGGGUGUUACGCGCGGACAAGUCACUGAACAAGUCCGAGAACCUGAUGAUCAAAAAAUUCUUCCCGAAAAUGCCCGUGGACAUCUGGACCGAGGACCAGGACACGCAGCAGCUGUUCGCGCUGGAGGUGGGAUUCUGCAAGCUGCUGUCCCGGUUGUUUGGCCGCGAUUCCGACCUGCCCUGGGCCCUGCAAACCAGGUGCUGUCGCACGAUGGGGACCAAAUCGACCGACGUGGAGUCGGCCUCGAAGACGUUGCUGUUGUACUGUCUCCUGCUGGAAAACACGCGGGCGAGUCUGCAGCCAAUCUUGGCGGGUGGGGAAGAGGAGGCCGGUGCCUUGAUGGACAAGGGCAUCCGACAGUCCGUCGGUGGGGGCGGCGGUGUAUCCAUAAUUGCAAAGCGACGGCUUCGGAUAGUCUGGAAAGUUGUCAUGCUAGAAUUUGAAUUUGUAAAAAGAUAUCAUGUGAUGAAGAUGAAUGGAAGAAUAUACUGACCACGAGCGACCGCUAGGCAUGAUAAUGUUUUGUCGUCGCCCCAUAAGCGACCGCUAAAAAGAUUUAUACGAACUGUGGCAAAAAUCAUCUUCCAGAUAAACGUCGUCCGACCACGUGUUUGCAAUGCAUACCUGAUGCGCAAGUCCGUGGCGCUGGAAGCCAUCCGUCAGAGCAUGAUGAACUCUGCGGGGAGCGACGAUGUGGGUAUUCCGGUGAAAGGCAAGAAAAGGAAAUCCGUCGCAGGAGGCGGUCGGGCCAGCCGCCAGGCCAGCGUGCGGAAGAGCGGCCUCCGGUCCAGCAGGAAUUCCGGGCCGGCCAGCGGGCUGUCCCUGUCGCUGGGGAAGAAGAAAAAAAAGAAGAAGGCCGAAGGGGAUAGUAAAGACACUAGCGAUUACUUUUAUCGAAUGCAAGUAGAAGGUUGAUGAUGGCUGGGUCUGAAAGAGUGCAGAAAUGUUGGUCAUGCUGGUUUGUCGUAGUGUUACUGACUCAGAAGGUGUCGCGUACAAGCUCUACUAUUGUACAGAUUUUGAGAAGGUGUCUAAAUGCCUACGCCGCAUGAGAAAAAGUGCCCUCGGUUGGUGACAAGAAGUCGGCAACUUUUGCUGUUGAUGCACGAGCAAGCUUUGCGCGACCGCGUCAAGAAAUGCGCACCGUCAGCACAGGUUCGUUUGCAUCGUUCCAGACCCAGCACACGACAUCUUUGCAGUGCAUAACCCUGCUGUGGAAGCAAUCCAGGUCUUCUCCGGAGAUGAUUCUGGGUCUCCCGUCACUUCCGAGGUAGACCAAGAAGAUCUAGAAGAAGGAGAUUUUUCCGACAUGGAGAGGCAAGUUCAGGCCGUUGCGCGAGUUCUUACAGACUUAGGCAUUACGGUCACUACGGGAGAAGCAGAAGAAGAUUAUAGUAAUAUGGUGCCAGCACCAUCAGUACCAGUAGCACAGGACGGAGCUGCAGAGAGGCUACUCUCGCGACCUGUAGUAGAAGAAGAAGACCGCGAAGGCGACGUCGCGGCGGUAAGCGAAAGUACUAGUAGUGCGGACCUGCUUGCGAUAGAAGAGCCUCAACAUCAGAUAGAACAUGAAAGAAGUCUUCGCGACAGCAGAAGCGCAACUUCACCAGCAACCUUCGAGGGCCGACACAACAUGCCGGUGAGGUCAGAAGAUGAGAAGGAGGACACAGCUGGUGCGAAGAAGAAAAAGAAAAAAGCCCUGCCCGUCGGCGAAGCUCUCAACAUGCUGGACCGCAGUCUGAGCGCCGUGCUGACUGCUGCGAGGACGACCUUGAUCAAGUGCGUGUUUGAGAAAUUUCCCUCCCAGUCCAACAUCUGGCUCCACGCGUUUGUCUGCCAGGCGUUAACGCAGGACUUGUACAAGCAGUUGGAGUUAUCAGAGAAGAACGGGUUGCUGUUACCAAACGAAUUAGAGUUGCUAAACCACAACGUUUUCCACGCCGUGCUUCACAAGCUCGCGAAGUACACGAACUUUGGGCACAUUUCGGAAAACUUUCCCGAUCUGGACGUAAAUGUCAGACAGUCGAAGAUAAUCAGCAGGGGCAAAGUGUUAACAGUCGACGAUAUGGCGCUGCCGAUUGGCCCGGUGGUUUUAGCAAAUCUGAAUAAGGAAAUGACGCGAAAGCAACAAACCCGCGCCGCCGGGAAGCGGGCAAAUAAAGCCGGUGGAGACAGACAUAAGAGGAAAAAAGAAUUACUAGAUUAUCCGCAUUAGGAUUAGAAAUUUUGUUCAUACUUGCAUCACAUACGUUGUACUACCCAUAGAAAGUAACAGUAGCAGUAACUAGUAAGUACUACCUUCCCGCAAUUGUAUGGGCUCAGACAUCAAAUUAAACAUGCAUCCAUUUUAGUUUUCGCCGAAGAGAU